AUGGCUGCUGUUGUUACUGACAUCUGCUGCCACCAAAUGUUAGUGUCUCAGAGGCAUUAUGCAGUAAUAGAAAAUGGAAAACUGAAACUCUUCUUAUUUCAUAUCCGUGAAGAGCAAGCCUCCCACUUCAAUGAGAUGGAUGACUUGCUGGGGCAGCUGGCGCCCUUCAUCACAGAGCUAAAGAGGCGCCUAGUACAGGAGUGGGAGGAGCUGGAGGAGCCGUGGCCUGGUUGUUGCUUCAUUCCAAGGGGGGCCGCCGUCAGAGCCGCCACCUCGUGGGAGCGAAACCAGCGCCUGCCUCGGGGUAGCAGCUGCGCCGGCCGCCGAGGGCUUCUCUGGCCAGCGUUGCUCCCACUAGUCUACAGCGUGGGGCGUAUCUUUGCAAACCUCUUAAAGGGCCUUUUUGGCAGAAAACAAAUGUGCGUUCUCAUGGUGGGCCUAGAUGCUGUGGGAAAGACCACCAUCCUGUGCAAACUGAAGCUGGGUGAAAUCGUGACCACCAUUCCCACUCUAGGCUUCAACGUGGAAACCGUGGAAUACAAGCACAUCAGCUUCACUGUGUGGGACGUGGGCGGCCAGGACAAGAUCCGGCCUCUGUGGCGCCACUACUUCCAGAACGCACAAGGUCUCAUCUUCGUGGCUGGCAGCAAGGACAGAGAGCGUGUGAAUGAGGCCCGAGAGGAGCUUAUGAGGGUGCUGGCAGAAGACGCGCUCAGGGACGCCGUUCUGCUCAUGUUUGCUAACAAACAGGACCUCCCCAAUGCCAUGAAUGCAGCCGAGAUCACAGACAAGCUGGGGCUGCACUCUCUGCGCCACAGGAACUGGUACAUUCAGGCCACCUGUGCCACCAGCGGGGACGGGCUCUAUGAGGGACUGGACCGGCUGUCCGAUCGGCUCCAGAACCAGAAGUGAGCGGUACUCCUCUCUCCUCCCCUCUCACUCCCUCCUUCUACCCUCGCUUUACUCUCAUGUGGCAAACGUGCCCCUGGGGUGUGAGUGCCAGAAGCUGUCUCCAUGGUCGGUCGCGGUGUGCUUCACCAUGCUGUAAAUGUGCAGACGCAGCCUGCACCUGGGUUUUUAUUUAAUGUAAAUAGUUUUUGUUUCCAAUGAGGCAGUUGCUGGUACUCCUAUGCAAUAUUACUCAGCUUUUUUUAUUAUAAAAAGAAAACCAACCCAUUGUUCAGUACUGAGAAGGAAUUUUAGGCACACGGGUCAUCCAGGAGUCGCUGUGUCAGACAAGCCCGAUGCUCCUCCGCUGGGCUUUAGAUCUGUGUUGAGAUCCAUUUUGGUGGUUGGUUUUUAAC